GUAUAUUACAGCUAACACUGACACAGAAGAGCAGAAUUUCCCGGUCGCUAAGGCUUUUAACACACACAUAGAGGAACUAAAGUUGGAUGUCCUCCUUCAGAAGGUAGACCAUUUACGGAUAAAUGAGUCUAGCAAAUUGGAGACUUUUGAGCUACUUUGUGACCACAAGGAAAAGUUUAGUGAAGAAAUAGAGUUUCUGUGGCGGCUUGUCCGUGCCUAUGGAGACAUGUAUGAUCUAUCUACAAAUACACAAGAAAAGAAACAUUAUGCUAAUAUUGGGAAAACAUUAGGAGAAAGAGCGGUCAUGAGGGCACCCAUGAAUGGACACUGCCAUCUGUGGUAUGCAGUUUUGUGUGGUUAUGUAUCUGAGUUUGAAGGCUUGCAAAACAAAAUUAACUGUGGACAUCUAUUCAAGGAGCAUCUAGAUAUAGCCAUCCAGCUCUUACCUGAAGAACCCUUUCUGUAUUACCUCAAGGGAAGAUAUUGUUAUACUGUCUCAAAACUCAGCUGGAUUGAGAAAAAAAUGGCUGCUACUCUGUUUGGGGAAAUACCAUCUUCAACGGUUCAUGAAGCUUUGCAUAACUUCCUUAAGACUGAAGAAUUGAAACCUGGUUAUUCUAUGUCCAACUACAUGUAUGUGGCCAAGUGUUACAUUGAUCUUGACGAAUCUCAAGAUGCUUGGAAAUUCUGUAACUUGGCAUUAUUGCUGCCUAUUAUUACCAAAGAGGACAGAGAUGCACAUAAAGAGGUGAAAAGAAUAAUCUGUUCUUUGAAGAGGUAAAUAAAAGACUUUAUUCUUCGGCAAUCCCAAUAUGGUCCUCUAGAGUUUUUCAGAAUUGUAUUUUUAUAGUCCUUUUGCCCUUAAUGUAAAGAUUAUGUGUUCUCAUUUGAUCUGAAAGUUAUAAUUGUGCUUUCUGCAGCAGCUGCACCAUAAAGCAAACCAUGUUAUUUGAAAACAGUAUGUAAUGUUAGUAUGUAAUGAUCCCUAAACAUGUGUGCUUCAUUUUUUUCAUGUCAAUAAACUACAGCCUUUAGAAUAUUUGUAUAACAAAUACUUAAAUCAAUCUAACAAAAUCCACCCUAAUGAAUGUUAUCAUUGUUUCAAUAGAAUUUAUAAAAUAAAAUAAAAUAAUUUCAUUCCUAAGGAUGAAAUGUAAGUACUGGGCGCAGUGGGUAGAAAAGGAAGAACAGAAAAGGCAUAGCUAAUAAUCAGAGAAAUGUAAAUACAAUUACAAUAAAAUACUGCUUAAUAUCAAA